AUGUCUUCCACAGAUUCAGCUAGUGUUUCUACAGAAUUUUUGACAAAUAUUAUUGGAAAACCAGUCAAUGUGAAAUUACAUUCUGGGAUGCUUUAUACCGGUACAUUAGAAUCAAUUGAUGGGUUUAUGAACGUAACAUUAUCAUCCACCACUGAACAUUAUGAAAAUAGUAAUAAUGGACUUCUCCAUAAAUACUCCAGUGAUAUUUUCCUAAGAGGAACUCAAGUGCUGUAUAUUAGUGAGGUAUAA